GGUAACACAAGAGAGGAUUACAAUGUAACAAACGGUAACGGGAGAGAGAUCCAAAUGUGCAGAUGGUCCCGCAGGAACAUGAAGGAGGAACGAGCAGCUUGUCCAACCGUGACAGGAGCUGGAGCCAUGGAUCGGAUGAAAAAAAUCAAAAGACAACUUUCCAUGACCCUUCGGGGUGGGCGGGCGGUGGAGAAAAACCCUGGAGACCACUCCGAGCCCAUCAACCUGGAGGAGAACAGCAGCGAUAACGAGCCCAUCGUCAGAAAUGGGAGAAGCCUCUCGUCCCACAGCAUGCAAUCCUUCCUGCAUCAGUACACAGCCGGCUCCUUCCAAAAGCCGCCCAUCCCCCGGCCUCACAGCGCCAUCUGCAGGAGCCUGAGCUCUUACCUGAACAGGAGCAGCAGACUAGAGAUUGUACAUGAAGACCUGAAGAUGGGCUCCGAUGGGGAGAGCGACCAGGCCUCGGGCUCCUCCGACGAGGUCCAGUCCCCGGUGCGAGUGCGGAUGAGGAAUAACGUGGCCCGGAAAAUAUCCACGGAGGACGUCAAUAAGCGCCUGUCCCUGCCGGCUGAUAUCCGUCUUCCCGAGGGGUACCUGGAGAAACUGGCUCUCAGCAGCCCCCCUUUCGAUAAACCUCUGAGCAGGAGACUACGGCGCGUUUCGCUGUCGGAGAUCGGGUUUGGGAAGCUGGAGACUUACGUCAAGUUGGAUAAGCUCGGAGAGGGCACUUACGCCACCGUGUACAAGGGCCGCAGUAAACUGACCGAGAACCUGGUAGCUCUUAAGGAGAUCCGACUGGAACACGAGGAGGGAGCCCCGUGCACAGCCAUCAGAGAGGUUUCUCUCCUGAAGGAUUUAAAACACGCGAAUAUUGUCACCCUUCAUGACAUCAUCCACACGGAGAGGACUCUGACGCUCGUCUUUGAGUAUUUGGACAAAGAUUUGAAGCAGUAUCUGGACGACUGCGGUAACCUCAUAGCUCUCCACAAUGUGAAGCUCUUCCUUUUCCAGCUGCUCCGGGGUCUGGCUUAUUGUCACCGGCGUAAAGUGCUUCACAGAGACCUGAAACCCCAGAACCUUCUCAUCAACGAGAAAGGGGAACUUAAACUGGCCGACUUCGGUUUAGCCCGUGCAAAAUCCAUCCCCACCAAGACCUACUCCAACGAGGUGGUGACGCUGUGGUAUCGGCCGCCGGACAUCCUGCUGGGGUCCACGGAAUACUCCACGCAGAUCGAUAUGUGGGGAGUUGGCUGCAUUUUCUACGAGAUGGUUACAGGGCGACCGCUCUUCCCAGGAUCGACCGUGGAGGAACAGCUGCAUUUUAUAUUCCGCAUACUCGGGACCCCCACGGAAGAAACGUGGCCGGGAAUUCUCUCGAAUGAAGAAUUUAAAUCCUACAAUUAUCCCAGAUAUUAUCCCGAUCCCCUCCAGAAGCACGCAGCGAGGCUGGACACGGAGGGAGCCGACCUGUUAUCCAAACUACUCCAGCUGGAGGGCAGGAGCAGGAUCUCCGCCGAGGAGGCAAUGAGGCACUCGUACUUCCAUGAGCUCGGGGAGAGGAUCCACAAACUACCGGACACCACGUCCAUCUUUACACUGAAAGAGAUUAGCCUGGAACCGGAGACGAAGCACCGGCCGGUGCCUGAGCCAGUUCACAUACAGUCUCACGGGCUCAACCUGGUCCUCGGGUGAACGGAUGGAGCGUUGGCCUCAGGACGAGAGAGACCCAGAGCGCUGGAAGAAAGUGGAGCCGGGCCGUGCCGUGUGUGCCCGCGGCUGCCGGACGAGUGAACGUGGCUCUUAGGCAGUGCCAGCAUGUGGCACCUACACUCCCCAUAUUAUCUCCCAAGCCCAUGCGAUCCGAGUACGGACACUACGUGCCGAUUUGCUGCUGUCCCUCCUGGGACCCUUCCCACCCCUGCUGUGUGUCAUGCUGUGCCCUUGCUGCCCCUUCUACCCUUGUGUGCUUGACUUUUUUUUCCUUGGCCCUGGAUGCCCCGCAGGGCUCCUGUAUAUGAAGGACUUUUCACAGCUGCCACCUGACCUGGCGCAGAACCGGACAGGUUCUAGAUCACACAAAACCAGGGGCAGCCUUUGCUCGGAGCCUCCUACAUCAGAAGGGGAGAAAAGGGGGCCACGUGCGAAACGGGAGAGGACUGUGGGGGGCUUGAAGUACGACGCUGCAGUGGAGUGAGCGGGGAAGCGAGUGGAGUGUGAUGAGGAGAAAGGUUCUAGGUAAUCAGUGGGGGAGGGGUUUCAAAUCCCAAUGUUAAGCCAUCGCAGUAUGACCGUAUCCUCAUUUAUAUUGCAGAGGGUGUAUUUAAUCUUUUUGGGGUCUCUGAAUUAGGCUAGGUGCCCCGUGUAGCGUGAGAUCGUACGCGUGUAGCAUGCGCGUUCUCCAAAGCGGAGGCACCAGGUUUUACUCAGGAAUUAAGUUGUAGGGUUGAGUCAGUAUUAGACGGGGAAUGGCCCUUCAGACAGGAGGGCUUCCGAUAUACUAAAGACGAUGGUGCGGGACCAGUGUGAGGCGAGCGGGUUAGAACACAGAUGCCCCGAUUCUGCGCAUGGAGAGGGCGUUUGCCGCCCCCCCCGGAGGCUGCGUUCCCUUCCCAACUUAAAACAAAUGAUCCGUUUGUGUCGGUGGGAGAGGAGCCGGAGCGAAACCCCCCUCUCCCCGCUACAUAUCACAUGUAUGAACGACUAUUAAAAUCCAAACUUCAAACCGC